AGGGGGUUGUUUUUCACGCACAGCUAUAAAAGCUCAUGGGAAACAAAGCAUUAUGAAACGCUAUCCCUGGGUUUGCUUCUAUUUAUUUAUUUUUGCUUUCUUUUUUUUGCUUUCUUUUUUGUUUUUCUUUGGUGGGUGGCCCUUUUACCUCAUAGCAGAGUGACAGUGAAAGAAGAACCCGAGCCUUAAUCUUGUUGUGCAGUGGAUUUAGCAGCAGCAGCAGCAGCCUGGAAGUAGCCAUGGAAAAAAUCCUGAAAACAGAAUUGAAAACUUCUGUCCUGAAGGCAUUUGGGAGCUCAGGAGGAGGAUGCAUCAGCCAAGGCCAAGGUUAUGAAACCGACAGCGGGCGAGUAUUUGUUAAAAUCAACCACAAACCUCAGGCCAGGAGAAUGUUUGAAGGGGAGAUGGCAAGUUUGGAAGCUAUUCAGAAAACCAAUAUUGUGCGAGUGCCUCAGCCUAUUAAAGUAAUUGACCUACCUGGAGGAGGAGCAAUGUUUGUCAUGGAGUACCUGAAGAUGAAGCAUCUCAGCAAAUACUCCUCAAAGCUUGGAGAGCAGAUAGCAGAUCUUCAUCUUUAUAACCAGAAACUUGGAGAGAAAUUGAGAAAGGAGGGAAACACAAUUGGCAAAGGAGCAUGUCACUCUGAGUCUGAGUAUGUGGAUAAGUUUGGAUUCCAUACAGCCACUUGCUGUGGUUAUAUAGCCCAGGUGAAUGACUGGCAGAGUGACUGGCCUUCCUUCUUCAUUCGUCACCGGCUCCAAGCGCAGUUGGAUUUGAUUGAAAGAGAUUAUGGAGAUAGAGAAGCCAGAGAACUUUGGUCACAGCUAAAACUAAAGAUUCCUGAAAUGUUCCGUGAUGUAGAAGUUGUUCCUUCUCUCCUGCAUGGGGACCUGUGGGCAGGAAAUGUGGCUGAGGAUGACUCUGGGCCAAUUAUCUUUGACCCUGCUUCCUUCUAUGGCCAUUCAGAAUUUGAACUGGCCAUUGCUGGAAUGUUUGGUGGGUUUAGCAGCUGUUUUUUCUCUGCCUAUCACAGUAAAAUACCCAAAGCUCCAGGAUUUGAGAAACGAAACAAGUUGUAUCAGCUGUUUAAUUACAUAAACCACUGGAACCAUUUUGGAACUGGGUACAGGGGGUCUACCCUAAAUGUAAUGAGAAAACUUUUAAAGUAACCAGAUAGGUUUGAGAAAUUCUGACAUAGUCCCUUAGUAAUUAACAGUCCUUGCUUAUCAGAAGUAACACAAACUAAGAAAUAAUGUGGAUGAUAAAGCAAACACCUGCCAUGUAAAAGCUUAGUGCACUCUGGAGUCUCACUGUAUGUUAAGAGUGAUUGUGUAAUUUUAAACUUGUGUACAAGUUCACCAGCACAGAUUGAUACCCCAGUGAAGGAGACCACUUGGUUUGUGAAGAUCCACUGGGCUGGAAGAGCAGUAUGACAGUUGGCCUGACCUUGCCCUCCAUAGUCUCACUUCUCAGCUGCUGUGUUUGCACAGGACUUUGCCUCUUGCCACUUCAGCUGCUGCUCCAUCAGCAGCCUAUGAAGCCCUGCUGUAGUGUGAUUGUGAUGCUAGAAGUAGUAACUAGUUCCUUAACUCUCCCCUUUUUUGUUCUGUUGUAGUUUUCUGUCUCUGUUUCCAUCCCCUUUCCCAUUUGUAUUGCUGUUGUCUUUCCUUUCCCAUCUUGUGUCCUGAUCCCAAAUUCAUAUCAGAUUCUAUGAAUCUGAAAAUGGAACCAUUCUCUUCUUAAUUUAAAGAGUAGAUAAGGCCCUUUGAACUGCACUUGGCUAGCCUCUGUAAUUAAUAACAUUUCUAAUAUUUAUUUUAAUUUAAUGUAAUUUACUUACAUGCUUUUGUUUUUCUCUUCUUAUGAGAACUUAAGUGGUAUUUCUUAAGAGUUUUGUCUCUGUAGUUCCUUGGUAUUUAAAUACAUGGUAAGAAAGUGGGUUGUUACCACACAAGUUUGAUAAAAAUGUAUCAUAGUUUCAGUGUGAUAUUUUAGUGUGUUAUAAUAGUAACCUUUAAAUAACUUUGUGAAAAAUAGGAAGGAGUGGGAGGGAGGCUUGGUGUUUUGGUGGUAAGAAGCACCGAUUGCUGCUGUGUUGGUUGGUGCUUGAUGUAUUUUCAGUUUUAUGAAGUAAAGUAGGUAAAGCUGCUCUGUUCUGCCACUGCUGGAUCAUGGAAGGAACAGGGUCAAAUUAGAUGGAUUUUGUAACAUUUAAAAAAAAUUCCUAACUGCUUUAUUUUUACAGACAACAUAGGCAAUGAGAAUUUGAGGAGAAAACUAUGCAAGAUACUGACAUACAAUGUGAGCUAGAGUACAUUAACAAAUCCAUGGGUUUUUUAAUGGAAGAAAGUGGUAAAGAAAGUAGAUGUAAGAGCAGUCUAACAAAUGCUUAUGUGAAUCAGAAAAUAAGAAUAACUGAACUUAUGUAUUUAGCCUUCAGAUGGUUGUCAUGACUAAUACCUAAAAUGUUACAAUGAAAAUUUGCUCAAAUAUAUUUGGACUUAUUUCAGCCUGAAAUGGCUGUGCUGUGAAGAUAUAAUGAACUUUAAAGUCAGAUGUUGUAAUUUAUACUGUUGUAAAAGAUGUAUUUUAUUCUCUGCAAAUGUAACACAAAUUGGUUUACUGCCUUUGCAUUUGGGCUACAAUUAGGGGAAGCUGUAAUGGUGUGGUUGUAAAGCUUCAUACAGUUGUAACCAGGGGAAAAUGGAACUGUAGGAUUAGAAUCCAGUUGAGAUUGCAGCUGAUAGCUAGAAGAUCCAGGUCUGAGAAAACAGCAAAGUGCAUGCAAACUAGAGUUGCUUCCUGCUCACAAAAAUACCUUUAUUACACUGGAAAGUAUGCGUGAACUUAAGAUUUCUCCUUCUCAAAUAAAAUACUUGCCUUGCAAAAACAA